AUGCAUUGCAGGCAAGCGGAUCACAGGAUCACUGCCAAAAGAUCACAAAAAAAGUGCCAAUUUGUCAGUUGGAACAUUCUUAUCAGGUUUUUAUGUAACCAAAUCAACCCCGGACGCUAUAAAAUAGUGUUCUCGGGGUGUAGACCAGCAACAGAUAUAACAGACCUGGAUCUGGCGACGAAGACCCAGGGUGAACUUCCGCAACCAGACGACAAAAUUUCUGAGCUACCAAGCACACCAAGCCCGUCCUCAUCGAUUAUCGCACCACCACGGCAGCAGCCAAGGUCAGGUAGCAGGCAACCAACAACUUUUUCGGAAUGGCAACUACUUGCUGUACUUCAUCGGGCUAAUUUACUGCAGUAUUACGAUGAAUUUAUUGCUCAAGGCGGAGAUGACAUCAAUCAAUUCAUGACAUGCGACGAACAUGAAUUCUUAGAAAUAAUGUCAGUGGUCGGAAUGGCCUCAAAGCCGCUUCACGUCCGACGAUUUCAACGAACGCUUACUGAAUUCAGUAAAGAUCCGGAUGCAUUCAGUCUGGUUGCUAUACAGCAGAUCGGUUUACCACCUGCUGCUGCAAGCUAUGGAUACAUCCCGCCAACAUCAACUACUCCAACUGCUGCCCUUCAAUUACUUCUGUCAUCACAAAAUCUAGCUGCUGCAAGUUUGGCUGUUGCUGCCGGUUUGCCAUGCACUAAUCCGUCUACUACACACGAUCAAAGCUCGCCGAGAUCACUCUUACAGCCACUAGCGUCAGCAUCGGAAUCGCUACAUGAAUUAUUCAAUGCUGCAACGGUAGCUGCAGUAGCCGGAGUGGGCACUUCAGGAACAACAUCCACCACAGCGACUAUUGGUGCUACAGCAAACGUGAUGGCCGGUGAUUUCCUGACGAGUUUAGUGGCUGGAAUACCACAGUCCAGCGGUAGUUGUAGCAGUAGUAGUGGUGCCGCAUCUAAUUCCAUGCAAGGAUUGGAAACAGCGAAGUCAUCCAAGGUGGCAUCCUCAUCCGCAGAACAUACAUCUACAACAUCGGGCUUAAUCCAACUUUCUGUAGGUUCUCCAACAAGCAGUAAUGAGGCGAACUGCGAUUUCGAUCAACUAGGAGUGGGGACAAGUACGACAUCGGAAACGCCAAUAUUGACGGAAGCGCAAAUUGAAAGACUUGCUCAAUGUUCCCAUCGUCUUAUCGAACAAAUGCCGCAGCUAGAACCUAAAUUGAUACAGAAUAAGAAGAAAAUCAGUCGAGAGUUACUAGAUGUAAUGCAACUACCGUUCGGCUCACCCCAACGUCUACAAGAAUAUCGGAGAUAUUCAGCAAUUUAUGGGCGCUUCGAUGCGAAACGUAAACCAGAUAAACCGUUAACUCUGCAUGAGGUUUCAGUAAAUGAAGCAGCUGCACAGUUAUGCCUUCGGCAACCUGCGCUUUUGACCAGGCGUGACGAAUUGUUUCCACUUGCUCGGCAGGUAGUAAAGGAUGCGGGUUAUAACUAUGUCAAAGGAAUGAAGAAAGGUGAAGUGGAUAUAAAGAGGCAGCGUUCGCUAGUUAUAGUGGAUUCAUUUUAUCCCAGCGAACUAUCCCAGUCUCCACAAAGUUCUGCUUCAGCCGGAAGUCCAGGGCUAGAUGAAAGUACUGCUGAUUCUGGAAACGAAUUAACAGCUGCAUCAUCAUCAUCACCGCUGGUAGCAGUGGUUGGUAAUCGUGAUGAUACUGGACCCAUCAUUACGUCCAACCGGAAAAAACGUCGUCGAGAAUCAUCACAAGAACAGGAACAAUUAGAAUUAUCAUCAACUGUGGUACCUCUUAUAACGCCCGAAAAGCAGCAAAGAUUAGUCGUUAAACGACGUGCCACUAUUGAGAAACAAUGCAAUACAACCAAUGCUACUAAUGAUGACAUAUAACUC